AUGAUUGCAGCCAUGAAGACUUUCCUCGACACUAAAACCAUUGGUGGCGGAUCGGCAGAAUCUCCCGACUACAACUAUCCUCCGGUGCCGGAUACUGUACAAGAUGGCCCUGAGCUAAUAGUCCGCUUUGACUCUAUUGAGCAGUUCAAGGACAUACACAAGACAGCCUCCCUGUAUGAAGAGAACCAUGAGGCACAGGAAGUGGCUUCCUUCAACAAGGAAAACAACACGUUCAGGGCUUGGACCCUCAUUGCCGUGCCCUCUGGAGGGGACGAUGAGACGUGGGUCAUGCUCGUGAAGGCACCUCUUGACAUGGCUGCCAAGUUUCCCAGCGUCGGAGAGACCUGUCAUGUCCACGUCGUUGAUCCAGACACCGGUAUAGGUAGCACCAUGUGGUGGCUGGCACGGCGCAUGAGCAACAAUUUCGCACUCAUGAGCAAGUCAAAGAAGAGCUGGGCGAGCCUUCUCGUGUUCAACGUCACUCUAUCACAGAAGGAUGACGACGCACGGUCCGUGAUUCACGCCCUAGUUUCAGAUGAGAAAGACCAGGAACGGACCCUAGAUUCUCUGAUCUUGAACGACAACAAUUCUAUUCAUGUCGGCUUCUUCUUUUCAAAGCCCAGUGCUACAUUUGAUGCCGAGAUGAGGUGUUUGGGCAGGCUUUCCCGAGCAGCCACUAUUCCGUCUAUAGCCAAUACCAGCAAUGCUGCUCCCGGGCAGGUGCCAAAGAAAAACAAGAUCUACCAUAACCAGAAUCAACACCAGCCGAGCAAGCCCCCGUCGAGUUUCGGAAAAGGGAGGUUUCCGAACCGUCGAGCAAUCCAAGUCAAACAAUUUGCCGCGUUUAAGUAUCUUCUAGACUUCCGCAAUCCGGCUUUCUCGGUGAACCUGUUCGAGCAUUUCCCACAUAUGAAAAACCCAGACCAGUUUAACUCUGGCAUCCCGACGUUUAUCAUGAACAAAUAUCAGCGCUUGAACGAGCAUCAGAGAGAGGCAUACGACGGUCUUCUUUUCGAUAUGCCUUGUGGGCUAGGUCUGCUUCCCGGGGGACCGGGUGGGGGCAAGACGGACUGGGCGAUGACCGUGAUCGGACUUCUCCAAAGCAGAACAACUGCCAAGGUUCUGUACCUGCUAGACAUCAAUGAUCCCCUAGACGAUGCCACAGUCAAGUAUGUUAAGAUGAUGCGGGGUGCUGGGCUUGCGAAGCGAGCCAUCAGGAUGAGGACAUUUGGUACGGAGCUCAAGAGAAGCAUUCGCUUCGGGCCGGCACAGAAUCGUGCACAGGGUGAUGGCAACCGAGACUCCGGCCAAAUUGCCCGUCUCAGCAAUAUUGACGAACCCGAUGUCGACUUUUCGAAAAAUUUCUUGCGCAUCUACAUGGCUCAAUCGACAGAGCCGAGUCAGAAAACCAAUCGUCAUCGGGAGAUUAUCGUCACACUUGAUGAGGCAGCGUGGAAUCAUUACGAUGAAAACCUAUCUGACUUUCGCAAGCUCACAGAGCUGUUGGUAGCGAAUGAUGGCAACGUCCUGGAGAAUGGAACGCUUCGGCGGGAGAUUUUUCUCCUGUACCAAACAGUGCUCCAAGAAGCCGAUUUCAUCGCUGCAACACCCUGUGUGGCGGCGACGGCCUUCAAAGAUAUGUUCUUUCCAGAUCUUGUCAUCUUCGAUGAGGCUGCCCAUGCCCGGGAACUUUCGACACUGAUUGCAAUUGGAAGCUUUUGCCCUACCGUGGGCUGGAUUUUCAUUGGCGACCAUCGACAGACCCAGCCAACUGCAAAGAGCCGGCAGACCAAUCCAUUGGCACUGCAACUGCAAACUUCUGCGAUGGAGCGAGCAUACCUUGCAGGUGUUCUUAAGUACCAGUUGCUGAUUAAUCACCGGGCGUAUGGACGGCUGGAGCGCUUACCGUCUAAAUUGAUAUACGAUGGCCAAAUGGUGUCAGGCAUUCCUCACGCAGACAGAUUCCCCCCAUGUGCCGGGUUCGUCCGGAAUUACUUCCGCAAUCUUUCGGGAAUGAACUGCGUCGUCCCACGGCUGAUUGUACACCUGCUGCAAAUCGGCCAUGCAUCCCAAGUUGGUACAAGCUGGUACCACCAGCAGCACCUGGAAUGGACCAUGCAGCGGGUCCUGGACCUGGUGCUGGACAAGCAUUUCCGGUGUACCGGAAAUACGGCCAAGCCUGGUACAAUAUUGCUUCUGACCCCUUACAAAGCUGCGGUAGCGAAGUACAAAGAAGCGAUCGAGACACUUGCAGCGGCUCAUCCCGGAUUCAGCAUUCUGGAGAGGGUGGAAGCUCGGACAUGGGACAGUGCCCAGGGACACGAGGCUGACAUUGUCGGGAUCGACUAUGUGCGAGAGCAUCCAACCGAUUUUAUGGAUGGAAUGUACCGAUUUAACGUAGGAUUGACACGCGCACGGCAAGGCGAGUGGCAUCUAAUGCACCCAAACAUGCCAAUCUCACAUGGGUUCCGCUACACCCGAUACUUGCGCAAGCUCUACGACGCGUGCAAGAAUGGUCGUGAAGGAAUCAACGAAGGGCGUGUGGUCAACCUGCGCUGGAGCGAUGGCAAGCCAUCAACAACACCCGACGAAGCGGUCUGCAAGCACUCUAUAACAUUGCUCUCACAACGCCACGAGCUCUGGCUAUGGGCAGUGCGCUCGUGCAGUGGCAGGGCAACAUCUUCGGCUGAAAAAGGUGCAGAUGUGGUAUCGACCCCGGACUCGACGUGGAGCACUUUGUCAGCAAAGGCGGUCAAGGCGGCCAAGGAGGGCGAGCUCAGAGACGGUACAGUGGUGUAG